UCUUACUUUAAUAAACAUUAUUUAAUUAAUGUGCAAUUUCGUUAGGUAAGAUUACCUAGGUACUCUUAUAUAACAGGUAAGAGGUAAGUAUAAUGCCGGUUAGGUACUUCCAUCCAUUCAAAGCCCCACCACGCCGAAAGUGCAAUGUACAAUAGGUACCUCCUUCUUACAAUGUGCAAAGCUUAACCCCACGUUGCCCCGCUUACGUCAGUUCAGUCUUUUUUUUUUUAUACUUUUUUAUACGAUGCCGCUGCCGCUGCCGCGAUACAACAACACAAGUAACAGGUAACUUUCCUUGCUCAAUUAAUUACAUUAGCACCGACGACAUCCCACUAUCAUCAUCAUCAUCAUCGCGUCGACGAUUCAACUCCGCACAUACCACAUACCUACACCUACCUACCUCCUUACUUACAAUCGUUAUUCUGCCAUACUUCAGACAAAGGGGAAAAAAGCUAGUGAAGGGAUAGAACAAGGCAUUCAAAACCUGAGCUGCAUUCAGCCUCAGGAAUUUUCUUCUCCUACAGGCCGACUCUGCCGCCUGCACCAGCGCGAAGACAAAAGAAACGAAACGAAAAAAAAAAGAAUGGCGUCCCCAACCAACAACAUCCUCACCCCCCUUCCCCCCUUCAAACCAGACCUCUACCAGCGGGCCUGGCAAUCGGUGCCGCACCCGACGCUCCCGCUGCUCGCGACCGCGCACCAGAAGACCGCGACCGUGUUCUCGCUGUCGACCCUGUCCGCCCACAGCGCGCUGACCAACGGCCACGAGCGCUCCGUCCGCUGCACCGCCUGGAAGCCGAACCUGCCGCCGCACAAGCUGUGCCUGGUGACGGGGAGCUUCGAUUCGACCGCGGGGUUGUGGCGCUGGAGCGACGGCGAGGGGAAAGGAGAGGAGGGGUUGGAGGUAGAUGUCACACAGAGAAGAAGGAGAGAAGGAGAAGAAGAAGAUAGUAAUAGUAGUAGUGGGGAUGAGAAGGAAGAGGGAGACAAAGACUGGGAGCUAAUCAUCAUCCUCGACGGGCAAGACUCCGAGAUCAAAUGCGUGAGCUUCUCGCCGACGGGCCAGUUCCUCGCGACGUGCAGCCGGGACAAGUCGGUGUGGAUAUGGGAGGACGUCGGGGCGCGGGAGUUGGACGACGACUGGGAGACGGUGGCCGUGCUCAGCGAGCACGAGGGGGACGUCAAGGCCGUGGCGUGGUGUCCCGAGACGAACCGUAGCGCGGGCGGGAGGCGGGGACGCUACAGCAGCGACGUGCUGGCGAGCGCGAGCUACGACAACACGGUGCGGAUAUGGCGCGAGGAAGCCGAGCAGGAAUGGGUGUGCGUCGCCGUGCUGGAGGGCCACCAGGGGACCGUGUGGGGCGUGCAGUGGGAGCCGAAGCCCAAGGGGAACAGGUUCCCGAGGAUCAUGACGUGCAGCGCGGAUCGCACGGUAAGAAUAUGGACGCUCAAGGAGGAGGAAGAAGAUGAGGAAGAACAAACGCCGCAGCAUGCGUGGGGGAGCUUGGGAGGGAUCCCGAACACGAUGCGUAGGGCGUUGAAAGAAGAAUGGGAAUGCACUGCCGUGCUUCCCACGGCACACACGCGAGACAUAUACUCGGCGACGUGGAGUCCAGAGACCGGUAUGGUCGCAAGUACAGGCAGCGACGGCAUUAUUGCCAUUUACCGCGAGGAUGAGGACGAGGUCACAAACGGUGUACACGCCACAGAUGACGAGGCGGCUGCAGAGCUGGAUGGCGAUGUUCAUAUGACGAAUGGUCACACGGAGAAUAAACCUCAGGAAUCUCGACGAUGGAAGCUAAUAUCAACAACACCCAACGCUCACGGCCCCUACGAGAUUAACCACAUCACUUGGUGUAAGCGUUAUGAUCAGGGGUGCCCGCCGGAGAGGAGAGGGAUCGAGGAGAUGCUCGUCACAACUGGAGACGACGGGAUUGUUCGACCGUGGCAGAUCUCACAAUAACCAAUCAACUCGGGUUGUCUUUGUUAUAAUACAUCGUUCAAGCUGUAUAUAUCAUCAAGGAGGCCUUGGCCUUGAAAAAGGUAGACAGGGAAGCCCAAUGCGACGAGCAAUCUGCAAUGAUUUUACAGACGCGUCAAUAAUUAGCCAUUGUUACCCAUUACUCCUCUGGGAGAGUAGGAGAAUCCGAUGAACUUA